AUGGAAACAACAGCAGUAGUGCCCAUACACUCUGCAAUGGGAAAUGAAGAUAUGGAGAAAGCAGAUGCCACCACAGUGAGCCAACCCAUGGAUAGAACAACAGCAACAACAACAUCGGCUAUGCAUGAAAGUGCACCGGAGGAAAAUGUAAAUCAAGAAGAUCUCCAUGCGGAAGAAGGGGAUGGGGAAGAAGAAGAAGGCGAAACUCGUUGUAUAUGUGGGGAGCUUGAUACACCUGAUGACUCUGGAUUUUUUAUCCAAUGUGAACAGUGUAGUGUUUGGCAGCACGGCUAUUGCGUAAGUAUUACACAAGAUAAUGCCCCUGAUAAAUAUUGGUGUGAACAGUGUAGGCCAGAAUUACACCAGCUUUUUACUACAGACACUGGUGAACCAAGGUCAUUAUACAAACCUGUUCAAGAAAAGAAAAGACAAUCAAGAAGAAGGGCACGCAAUGCUGCUACGCCUCAACCUGUGGCAGACAAUGAAGUUGAGAAAAGCCCCAAGAACAUCAGCAAUACUGAAGACAAUAUGGACGAUAUUGGUGAUGAAGAAGAUGAAAUAGACGAAGACGAAGGUUCAGCUUCAGCUAAAGACGGUAAUUCCCGAGCUAGUAGAAAAAGAAGAAGGAAUUCAACAGAUGAUACCUCCAUGGACCAAUAUUCAUUGGAAGCUGGUGACAACGAUAAAAAACUGCAAGAUAGGAAAAGAGCCACUUUUAUGGCAAGAGAGGAGAAACAAUACCAAAGAAUGUUAGAAAAAGCUCUAAAAGAAAGCAGGAGAACAUCCCAUCAAGAAGAUCCUGAAAUUGAUGGCGACGAAGAUAAUGAUGAUGAAGACGAUGCCGACCUUCAAAAUGGUGCUGGUGAACUACCUGAGGGUGUCGCACCUACAGAAGACGAUCCAGAUUCGAUAAUGAACGAGGAUGUGAAAGAUACACCCAAGUUGUCCCAAGAAGAAUCAUCGUUGGAGAAAACAAAAGAUUUAGUGAAGGAAGCCAGUCAGGAGAAGGAAUCUUCCAUGAGUUCCACGCAAGACGUUGAAAAAACAGAAGAACCUAUCCCACCAUUGAAUUCCAUAUCUUCAUCCGAGGAUGACUCAAGGAAAGCUAGUUCUUCAAGGAGCUCUAGAAAAGUUUCCAAACCAGUAAGAAAAAGUAACAGAACCCGUCGAAGUAAUACAAGCUCUGAAAUUAACCAGAGUAGAAAAAGUGCCGAUAUAGGUACCGACAAACCAGUUAAACCUAGAAUACCACCGCAAAGAACUUCUUUGAAUGAGAUGAAAAGACGAGUAUCUGCCAUCCUGGAAUUCAUUUCUAGAACUCAAUGGGAGUUGAGCGAAGACCAAUCUGACCGGGAAGAAUUUGUACGAUUCGUUGAAAAUCAGCAUUUCGUAGAAAAAGUAGAUUCUAUUUACAAUGGCUAUAAGGAAAGUCUAUCCAUGAUGGACGACUUGACCAGGGAACUGCUACUGUGGGAGAAAAAAUAUUCAAAUAAUUCCAACGCUACCUAA